AACGGCCGUCAGCACCCCACGCGAUAUUAAGAACGUUCACCGCAUCCGCGGUAACAUGGUUUCCAGUUACAAGAUAUCGCCUCCCACUUUAAAAAUGACAACGUGGCUGAUGGCAAUUUUCUGUCUGGCAACAGCGGGUUGCUCGAACGUCACGGAUCAGCAAACAUCUGAGACACACCACGAUCAGCAGGUAGCGAUCUUGAAACAGAUCAGAAAAGUGAACGAAGACGGUUCUUACACGUACGGCUACGAAGCUGGCGAUGGAUCGUUCAAGGUCGAGAGUCGCGACGUACUAGGCAACAUCAAGGGUACGUUCGGUUUCGUCGACGCCGACGGCGAAAUAAAAAGGGUGUCGUACUCUUCCUCUAACGGGACAGGGUUUAAAGCAACCACCGUGUCACCAUUGCAGGAACAAGUGUCCGUCGUGCAGAGCAUACCGCGCGUAAAUCGCACGACCACGACCAAGAAGCCAAGCAUCGUUUACCCUUCGUCCACCGAAGCGUCCACGAAGUCGUCCGUCGUCCAGAUGAUACCGCGCAACAGAAAGACAACGACGACGUCGACCACGACCACCAGCACGACCACGGAGCAACCGAAAUCGAUAUUCGGUCAUUAUUUGAAAGGGACUGGCAAAAGCAGGCCACGAUUCGUGAUCAACGGCCAACAGAGGCCUAUGGUGAUCGACGAAGAGAGCGAAGAGGACGAAGAUUCUCAGAUAAACCGACCAAGCACCGAGGACAAGACCUCCACCUACAGACGGAUCAUCUUUGCCAAGAGACCUGUCGAUCAGACGCUUCGGCCAAUCUCGGACGACUUCGUGGAAAAAGAUGACGAGGCUAAGGUGACGACAGGGAACAAUUUAAGAAGACAGCUGCACGAUGAGACCACCAAGCCCAACCCAGUCGUGGAAACCAGUAACGACGACCAUCCCGACGUGUACGGAGGAUCUUUAUCUACCACGCGUCCUCUAUUUACAACGACCACGCCACCGAGAGUUCUUCAACGCGUGCCAGCCAAUCGCAUCGACAGAACCAAGCUUUACUUGAACCGAGAAAAUCUUGGACCAGCCAGGUUCGAGAACGUCAAGUACGACGGUUCUAGGGUCUACGAGGCAGAGACGAAAGCACCUCGCGAGGAAACUCGCGUACCUAGCCGAGUCCAAGAAAACAGAGAGUACAUAAGGCAAAGCACCGAGCCAGUGUUCGUCAGGCAGCAUCCAGAUCAGUAUCUGAGAGAAUUGCCAGGCGGGAGGAUCUUGUUACCGUCUCAGCAGAGUAACAUCGACGAGGAUCCCGCUUACAGACAGAUCCCUCUCAACAGAAUCCUGUUGCGUCCCAUUCCAGGCCAGCAGCCACUAUAUUCAACGACCACGGAUGCAAAUAUUCAUUAUCUGACGGAGAAUCCUCUCCCGGGUCAAGAAGAGGACCCUCGGUUAGCGGUGACGCAGGGAUACAUGCGUCCAAGGCCGUUCCCGAGGCCAGUGAUCUAUCAGGAUCCCGAGCCGAGACCUAGGCCAGUUCUGAGACCGGUUCCACAGCCGAUGAACCAUGCUGAGGAGGACAGAGAGUAUCCAACGACCUCGGAGUAUCCUUACAGGGCCAGCACGAUCGCCUUGCCUCCUGAGCCACCAAACCCGAUCGCUCCUCCCCUCAGUCGAAGGGACUUCCAAAUGCUGCUUAGGAGACUGCUCGUCAGCCAGUACGGCGUCCAGGCGCUCUCUUAUCCGAAGACGUACCUGGAGGACGCUCUGUACGAUCAGCAGCCUUAUCCUUCUUAUCAGCCGGGCUACCAAACGCCCGCACCGCGGCCUGAUAUAGGAUACGAUCAGCAGCUAGCUGUUCAGUACGGCGACAGGGUACCUCUGAGACGUCCCAUGUACGCUAGAGCCCUGAGUCCUGUUUACCAACAGCAACAAUUCGAAGAUUACAACGACGGGAGGUUCGCCAAGAGAGUCUACAGGCAAAAGUUCUACACUCAAGAGGUCAGCGACGAGGGAGACGAGAUCCUGCCUGCUCCUAUCAGGGAGGCUCUUUUGCUGAGGAUGCUUCAGCUGGCCAUCAAUUCUGAACGUCCACCCAUGGCCACGACCCCGAUGAUGACCACGACGACGUCGGGGUACAGGAAGACCGGGCCCGUCAGGAGCGUGCAGAUCAUCACCGAUGACGACGAGGAGGAGAAGGAAGCUAUGAAGAAAAAGAUGUAACGGUUAGAUUAUUCGAGAUUUUUAAAGUUUCAGAGUUUAUUUUUGUACGGUCUGACGAGGUAGCAGUCGAUUAAUCGAUGGUAGACAAUUUAAUGGAGAUCGAUAUGUAUCUGAUAUAGUUUCUUAGUCGAGUUGAACUUGAUUCGUGCGUCUCUUGUUGGAGAUAGAACGAUAGUAGAAUUAUAAAUUUUGAGAAAUUAAAGUUUGUACUUAAUUAGAGAGACGUACUGUGCAAAAUUUCUGAGAAAUUCGGAUCACCAAUUUCAGACUGUAUUAUUUAUUUCUUUUUACGAACGUUGCUUUCUCAUUUAACGGUUCAUUUAUUCUCCUGCACAGGUCUAGCUGGGACUGUAAUAUUUAGAAUACGAAUUACAUUUAUACCAGGAGAAUGCUUGAAAAAUGCAUUUAAAGUAUACUUAUUUUAAAGAGAAUUAAAGGAAAUAUCACGUUAUUUCUGGAAUUUUCAGUUAUUGUUAGAAUAUACAGUGUGUCUUCCAUUGGGUAAUAGAACCGAAUGGAAUGUGAUACUAGGUGAAAAAAAUGAAUGGAAAAUGUGAAGUAAUCUUUUCAAUUGGAGGCUUUAUUUUUUAAGAAUUCGUUUUCAAAGUUCCUUGGGCCAUGCGAUUUAUAAAAAAGUUUCUUGGACCUUAGAUGUCAAUUUUGCUUAUAUACUAUGUAUGACGGGGAUAAAUUUAAAAUCAUAGAAUCAGAUAAAUCAGGAAUAUUAUUCUUGAAUAGUUAACUGUAAUUCAGUUAACCUAAAGAUAUGUGCGAGUCGAGUCUCACAAGUCAGUAUGCGCCAAAACAGAUUUAAACUCGAUUAUCUCAAGAAUGAAUCUUCGUAAAAAAAAAUUGUAUUAGACAUUUUCGAUUCAUUUUUUCACGUACAAUCAUUUUCAUCUCGGUUUACCACUCAUCGAGGACCUUCCUAUUAGUUAUACACCGCUCAACAGUCAGACUUUCCUUUUCUUUCGUUUAAUCUUCAAGCUACAUUACGGGCGCCCUGAACAUUUCAAAGAAGUAUAAAUAAUUAUGAAACAUCCGUACGAGCUGUCCCAUACAAUGAAAUAAUUCUCAUCAAUCCAGCGUUCCACGUUAUCUCACGAAUUACUAUGGCAGCGUGAUACAAUUCCCUAGCUUUUAUUGUUUUUCGAAAAAGGAAUAAUCCGCCGGACCAAUUUAGAAAUGAAAAGUGACAGUAUUAAUUACGACGGUUGCGGUAUAAUUGAGAACUCAUCAUUUCCUCGUAACGAGAACCGGCGUACAAAAGACCGUGAGAAGAUGAAAAUGUAACGCUGAUAGACAAUCGCCGCGGCAUAGUUUUCACGGAACACGCUGGAAUCGUCGGCGAAACGAAUCGCCUUCUCGGAAAGGGAAAUGUCCUGUGUGUUCGUUCGACGAUUUUCCGCACGACAACUUUCAACAAUCUCACAACGCUCGUUUUUGCUUUCAAGACAGAUCGUCGUUGCCUUCAAACCGUUCCAACGAGGGAGCAAUUAAGAGUGCGUUGGUACACGCGUGACUAUUAUGUUUAUCAUGCAUACGGCCGCAUUACACUCUGUCACGUUAAAUUAUAGCAUAGACAUCCCAAAGAUGACCGGUAGCGUAAACAGUAGAGCACUGAACGAAAGUACUUUAACUCUAGUUUAAACGUGGCCACGUUCAACAUCAUCGUCGACAAUUUUCGGGUUAACCGCUGUGUCAAUCGUGAGGCUUGAUUAUGUUACUUUACUGAUUAUGACGGUGGAAUCACAUUUUAGUAGAUUGAAUUUUUAUUCAAGUUGAAGGGACUUUUAUUUUUUUUUUUUUUUAUUUUUUGGAGAAAGAACAUCAUGUUGACUUAGUAUAUGAUUAGAUUAUUGCACAUUUCUUGUUUUAUUCCAUUGAUGUCCAAGCCUUAUUCUCGUCAGAGUAAACACCUUCAGCUUAUGAACUACCUAGAUGGCUUUCUUAUUUCUAGUAUCUCUAGAUACCUUUAUUAAAUUCUUAAUUACACUUGUCAACGUUGUUGUUAUACUUUCAUCCUUAUUUAUUCAAAUUAGAAACUGUCGUUUCUUGCUACAAACUUUCUAAUCGAUUCAAUCCUGUCAUUUCCUUAGCUGAUUGCUCAGAUAAACAAGAUCUAAUGAAACUAUCUAUAUACGCUAUCAAAUGGUUUUACAGUGAAAGUAUAUAAUAAUGAUAUACUGAUGGUGAACUAUAUAAAAUUGACACGCUUGAUGCAAAACUUGUCAUACUAUAAUAUUACCAAUAUUUCAAUCAUAGCAUUGAUAUAAUUGCUCUACGUUGAUCUAAAUUUAUUACAUUGAACCUGAAGAAGGUUUCUAAUAAACAAUGCAAUUCAAAAAAUUUCUAUCAAAUUUACGAACACGACCCGUAACUUGUCGCGAAAUUAUCGACGACGGCGUUAAACGUGACUGGGCCUCCUCGUGACAUCGCCCUUUAGAGUUCGAUCCAUUGUAAAUAUAACGUUAUAUACACUAGUGUAAAAUAUGUAUCGAAAUAAAAGGAGAUAGAUGAUAGAUAGCGUUGGUGUGAGAAUUCAUUUCAUAAGCCUCUGAGAGCCGGCGCACCAGGAAAGAAUAGUAACGUGUCUCUACCGCUGGUAAUUAGCAUCGUCAAGUUGCGACACUUAGCCGACGGAUACGCGAACUUGUAUUUGUUAGGCAGUGGUGUAGGCCCACACGGCGAGGGCGGAGAUCAUGGGACUUUGCACGUGAAUUCCACACUUCCACCUAUUCAGAACUCGCUUAGCCGUUGCCAAAUGCCCGGAUGGAGACACUCAGCGUUCGGGAAAGUCUGUGCCACUGUUAUGUGAGAAAGCCGACCGAUUGGAAGCUAACCAGACCAUCUUUGUUUCGAGAAGAAACACCAGUGACUCGUGACGAAUGAAGACUGUCCACUAUAAGUCACUGGGCUCUUACAAUGGAAGCCCAUUAUUCGCAUUAGGGAGCUGCGUACACCUGGAAGAAGCGUAAGUCAAAUGAACAUUGCGCAUUCCUUGUUAGGGAAAUUGUGUCGUAAAUGGUACGAGUAAUCCAUUUAGAAAGAUUUAAAUUGGGAUAAACGCAAGUAAGAACGAGGUUGUCC